UGCCACCACCAGUACUGGGGAUGCUGAGCUGUGGGGGCCAGGCCUGAGGAGAGGUGGGAGUGAGGAGGGCUGGGGAAGCGGGCAGGCCAUGAACCAGGCUGACCCUCAGCUCAGAGCAGUGUGCUUGUGGACUCUCACAUCAGCAGCCAUGAGCAGAGGUGACAACUGCACCUGCCUGAAUCUACUUGUGCAGGGAAUCCCCUCCAUAACCCAGGCCUGGGGAAUGUGGGUCCUCUUAUGGGCUAUGACACUGCUGUUUCUCAUCUCACUGGCCGCACACUUGUCCCAGUGGACCAGGGGCCGGAGCAAGAGCCAUCUGGGACAGGGAUGCUCUGGAGGGUCUGUGGAAGAGGUCCCACUGUACGGAAACCUGCAUUAUCUACAGACAGGACGGCUGUCUCAAGACCCAGGGCCAAACCAGCAAGAUCCAACUCCUGGAGGCUCUGCCAGGGUGAGUCAGCUAUGGCUGGAGAAAAAGGGAGGGAAGGAAAUGGGGGCUUUCCGGCUUUUCCGAGGGUCCAGUGAACUUCUAACAGCCUUGCAUCUCCAGGCUGCAGAGGAGGUGAUGUGUUAUACCAGCCUGCAGUUGCGGCCUCCUCAGGGCCGGAUCCCUGGCCCUGGGACCCCCAUCAAGUACUCGGAGGUGGUGCUGGACUCUGAGCCAAAGCCCCAGGCCUCGGGUCCCGAGCCGGAGCUCUAUGCCUCGGUGUGUGCCCAGACUCGCAGGGCCCGGGCUUCCUUCCCCGAUCAGGCUUAUGCCAACAGCCAGCCUGCAGCCAGCUGAGAUGGAGGGCCUGGCACAGCAGGACAUGCACUGCCCCAGCCCCCAGUAGCAGGGGCAUGACUGUUUCCCAACCAGCCCCAAAGUUGGGCGCCAUUGCCAAGUCACAGGACGUGAGCUACCCUGGACUUCCUAUCUGAGCUUCGAGGGAGACAUCUCAGGGCAAAGCUUUCAUGAUGGAGGAGGCAAAGACAGUAGCCCCGUCCUCAUUUCUUUUUUCUAUCUGUUCCUCUUAGGCCCCAAACUCCAGGUUCUCACUUCCUUCUUCUGGAGUUUAACCAGAUCCUCCCCACCCCCACUCCCUCAUAGACUACCCCCACGCCUCAGUGUCUCCUCAGGCACAGGAAGUGGGUGGUGGGGGAGGGGGUAAGAGCCUGACAGUAGGUGGGUGGGUAUAUUCCUUGGGAACCCACAGACUGGAGGGGACCUGGAACUUAGAGACCAGAGAGACCGAGCCUGGCUUUUGACCUGAGAACCCUGGCAGGAGAAUAGUCUCCAUCCUGCUGUCUCUGUCUUGUCCCCAAGUGUUCAAAUAAAACUUUUCAAAAAGUG